AUUGGAUUCACCCUUUGUUACCAUGGAAACCACCUGUGCAUCUAUCAAACCUCUCUAACUCAGACCUACGUGAAGCAGCGGUUAAAGAAACUUCAUUCACAUAAACGAGUUGAUUCACGGAUGGAGGAAUAUCAGGUAGAAGAAAAGAGUAACAGCAUCAGCAAAAUGAGUUCAUCGACAGAGAAGGGUGCAGAGAAGGUGGCAAACUCUGUCCUCCUCCCCUGCAAGAACACCUCAUCAGGCUGUGAAGUCACCCUGCCUCACACUGACAAGACGGAGCACGAAGAGCUGUGUGAUUUCCGGCAGUACCCCUGCCCCUGCCCCAGAGCCUUCUGCAGUUGGCAGGGCUCUCUGGACACUGUCUUGCCUCACCUGAUGGAUCAGCAUAAGUCCAUCAUCAUGACACAGGGGGAGGACAUCCCCUUCAAGGCCACAUAUAUCAACCGGCCAGGUCAGUUCAACUGGCUAAUGAUGCAAUCGUGCUUCGGCUUCGACUUCAUGAUGGUCCUGGAGAAGCGAGAAAGGUACAAUGGCCACUACCAGUUCUUUGCCAUUGUGCAGCUCAUUGGGACUCGCAAGCAAGCCGAGAACUUUGUUUACCGGCUGGAGCUGAACGGGCACAAGCACCGCCUGACCUGGGAGGCCAGGCCGUGCUCUAUGGACGAGGACAUCACCACAGACAUCAUGAACAGUGACUGCCUAGUGUUUGACACAUCUGUCGCACAACUUUUCACUGAGAACAACAACCUGGACAUGAACCUAACCAUAUUCAAAGGCGUAUCAUAAAUAUAAAACAACAAUUACAAUUCCCUAGAAGGCUUUUUUUAUAUUUACUGGUUUGUCACCUACACCCUUAUAUUAGUUAUAUUCAAGAAUAAAGCCAAUAAUUCAUUUUUAUUAUGAUUCUUAUGAAUGUACAUAUGAAUGUAUGUGUGAAGUGUUUUUUAAAAAAAAUUACAUUUUAUGCCCAUUUUUCAUAAUCACAAGGUUAUAUAUCCAUACUCAGACUGGCAGAAAUAUAAAUACUCAGAAAAAAUGACAUUAUUUUAUUUUGAAUACCACAUAUUUUAUGUGUCAUGGGUACAACUCAAAAUUUGUUGAAGAUUUUUUACAAAAACUUACUGCCUUACACUGAAAAAAGUGCAAAAAUCUAUGAAAAUAUCUUUCACUUCAUCCUUUGAGAUGUUGUUUUUGUCUCUCUGAGUCAACAAAACAAAGUUAUUGUAUUCUAAUAUAAAAUACUGUUCUGCUGUAUGACAAUAUUUUGUUACCCUGAAUGACAUGGAUCUGCAUUACUCUUUUGUCUAUGCUGUGCAGUUCUCUCCUUAUUAGACAAUAACAUCUACAUUAUGAAGUUAAUGUGCCUUGAAAUACCUUAAAAUGCCAUACAAUAGUUUAAAAUGAUAAUAUUCAGUAUUCAUACAACAAGUACAUAUGAAUUGCAUGAUUAAAUGUUGUAAACUAGUGAAAACAUGGGAAAACAAAGCUACAGUCAGUCAGCAUAACAGGUGACAUUGUGGUAUAAAAUGAAACUUUUGUUGUGCUAAAGGACAAAAGCAUGAUACUGAAGGACGGAAUUCAUACAUAAAUUAUAUUAUAUUUAACAGCCAUUUCCUUGGACACCUAUAUAAA